CAAAUGAUUUAGACAUUGUAAAGUCCUCCCCAUUUCCCGAAGUUGGUUUGGCCUGCAUUUCCUAUGCGAAACCAUUAUUAGGAAGUUAGGGCGGUGGUUGAGAGAGAGUGCAGCACGGGCUAACUGACUAGCCAUUUUUUCGGAAUUAGCCUCGCAGGUAAACCCACUAAACAGCCAAAAUGUCGAGCAAAAGGGCCAAGGGAAAGACCACCAAGAAGCGUCCCCAGCGCGCUACCAGCAAUGUGUUCGCCAUGUUCGACCAGUCUCAGAUCCAGGAGUUCAAAGAGGCUUUCAACAUGAUUGACCAGAACCGUGACGGGUUUGUCGACAAGGAGGACCUGCAUGACAUGCUUGCCUCACUAGGGAAGAACCCGUCUGAUGAUUACCUGGAGGCUAUGAUGACUGAAGCGCCCGGGCCCAUCAACUUCACCAUGUUCCUCACCAUGUUCGGAGAGAAGCUCAACGGCACAGAUCCUGAGGACGUCAUCAGAAACGCUUUUGCCUGCUUCGACGAAGAAGGCACAGGUGUCAUCCAAGAGGAAUACCUCAGAGAGCUGCUGACCACAAUGGGUGACCGCUUCACAGACGAGGAUGUGGAUGAGCUCUUCAGGGAGGCACCCAUUGACAAAAAGAGCAACUUCAACUAUGUGGAGUUCACACGCAUCCUAAAACACGGAGCCAAGGACAAGGAUGAUUAAGGCCACAGCCAUGCCAGUCGUAUUAUGGUUUCUCUCUGACCCCUCUACUCUAUUACCCCCAGCUAGACCAUCUUGCUGCAUGUCUCCGCUCUAAUAAAUCCAUGUUUAGCAAGGUGAAACCAUGGCUUUGACUGUAUCUGAGGUCCCAUUUCAAUGCUGCCAGAUUUGCACAUCUGUAUUGAGAAUUGUAGCGGGUGAUGGUGAAUUUGCAAAACAAUGUACUUGUCUGUGACGUGAAAUGGAAAAUGCAACUCUGGAAGCAAGCUCCUAUGCUACUCAAAUGGUCUGGUCUAGCUGUAUUUUUACAUUUUAUAAUAAAUAUAAGCUUUAAAUAAAUGACUAUCAACUUGUA